CUGGGUGAGACUGUCAUGGUCUUCUGAGCAGGCUGCUGCGGCUGCAGAGUUGGAAACUAAGACUGAAAAAAACCUGGUAAAAAUCUGUAGUAUUUAUCACUUCUUUCACAGCCUCAGAGAUGGGGUGGACGGUUUUUCUUAUAACAAGAAGGCUUGUCUCAUCGUGGAGGCCUGAAAGUAGGCUGCUUCAUAAUACAGUAUGCCGGACCUGCAUACGCCAGCUGUCUGUAGAAUCGCUAGCACAAGACUGCCCACCUUCUGCCCAGAGACGUCCUCCAGUAAGAAUUGGUUGUGCAUCUGGGUUCUGGGGUGACACUUCAGCUUCAGUUCCACAGCUUAUAUAUGGAGGAAAAUUAGAUUUUUUAGUUUUCGACUACCUCUCUGAGAUAACAAUGUCUCUUCUGGCAGCAGUAAAAGCCAAGUCACCUAGCCUUGGAUUUACUCCAGAUUUUAUACACACAGCUAUGGCGCCAUAUCUGAAAGACCUUCAUAAGUCAGGUAUUCGUGUUAUCAGUAAUGCAGGAGGUACAAACCCACUUGCCUGUGCUGCUGCAUUGCAAGAGAUUGUAAAGAAAAGUGAUCUUGAUUUAAAAAUUGCUGUUGUGACUGGAGACGACUUGAUGAAACAGAAAGAAGAAUUUAAGGCAGCUGGAAUCACUGAUAUGGAGAGUGGGAUGCCUUUUCCUGAGCAUGUUCAAAGCAUGAAUGCUUAUUUGGGAGCAAAGCCCAUUAGCAGGGCUCUGGAUCUUGGCGCUGAUAUUGUUAUCACUGGAAGAUGUGUAGACAGCAGCCUUGUUCUGGGACCACUAAUACACUCUUAUGGAUGGAAGAGAAAUGAUUUUGACUUACUUGCUGCAGGAAGUCUUGCUGGCCAUCUUAUUGAAUGUGGUGCACAGUGCACAGGUGGGAUAUACACUGACUGGCAUCUUGUACCUGACUGGCAUAAUAUUGGCUUUCCAAUAGUGGAGUGCACCUCAGAUGGAAAGUUCACCAUAUCAAAGCCUCGGGAAACUGGAGGACUUUUGUCAUUUGGCACUGUUGCUGAACAAUUGGUUUAUGAGAUUGGUGAUCCUGAGCACUAUAUACUUCCCGAUGUGUCCUGUGAUUUCUCUAAUGUUUCAAUAAGUGAAGUUCAAGAUGCUGAAGCAGUCACUGUCCAAGGUGCCCGAGGAGUGCAACCUUCCUCAUUUUAUAAGGUAUGUGCCACAUAUCUUGAUGGAUACAGAGCUACUGCUGUAUGUGCUGUAGGAGGGCCACGGUCGGCAGAAAAAGGAAGGCGUACAGCAGAGAGCAUUUUGAAGAGAACUCGAGAAAUGUUUACACAGCUUGGUUUGGAGGAUUAUAGCUCAGUGCAUUUGCAGGUUAUUGGCGCUGAAGAUGUAUAUGGGCCACACGCGAGGGGCAAAGAUCUUGUUCGGGAAGCAGUCAUUUGGCUUGGUGUUCAUCACAAACAGAAAAAAGCUCUAGAAAUCUUUGCAAGGGAGAUCGCACCUGCAGGCACUGGAAUGGCUCCUGGCCUCACUGCUGUUGUUGGUGGGCGUCCUCGAAUAUCACCAGUCCUGAAGCCAUUUUUCUUCCUAUACCCAAGAAAAAAUGUAGAUAUUGAAAUUUUUAUGGAUGGAAAACAUAUAGAAAAGUUUGUGGAUGAUCACUCUUUCACUGUGGAUGAGUACAUUUCUGCUGUAGAACCUGAAACACCAGUAGUGCCAAAAGAUUUGCCAAGUGGUCCUUAUGUUUAUCGAUUAGAGGAACUGGCAUACACUAGAAGUGGGGACAAAGGAAACACUGCAAACAUAGGUGUUGUGGCUCGUCACCCAUUAUAUUACCCAUAUCUUAAAAGAGCACUUACAUCGCAAGUUGUAGAAGAAUAUUUCCAACAUUUACUGCAGAAAGAGAAGCCUGAUGAACAACUCGUGACCAGAUAUGAGUUGCCAGGAAUAAAUGGAUUAAAUUUUGUUUUGAAGAAUGCAUUAGGCGGUGGAGGCAUUGCAUCAUUGAGAAGUGACCCACAGGGAAAGGCUUUUGGGCAAAUGUUACUUGACCUUGAAAUAAAAAACGUCCCUGAUUUGAAAUCAUUGAUCGAUUAAUCUGAUAGAAUGGAAAUAAACCUGUGCCAAAAUGUUUACCAGAAUUCUAAUAUAGAAAAUAGAAAUAUCUCUAUUUACAGAGAAACAUAACAACGGGUUAAUACACAAUAAGCCAUUUUGUAUACUACUAAAUGUAUUUUAUAUGCAGCUGCACUUAAUAUAUAUGGUAUGGAGAACAUAAGGUAAAUUUCUCAUCAUAUUAUCAUGUACACUACCUUAAUCUUUUUUAUGUGCCGCUCCAUGAUAAAACUUUUUCUGAGGCGCAAUUAAAGAGAACCUGUGGUCAGUAUAAAA